GCAUGGUUGGGGGAAACGGGCGUAUAAAAGCGCAGAAUGGAGGGUGAGACACAACAGUCAAGUGCAACACUUGGCUACUUCCACUCCCCGUGGUCCACUCCCCGCGGUCCAUCUUGCACUUGUUUCACAAGAUUCUCCUAGAGAUGGGGUUCGGCGCUUUAUUCAUAACAUGUUUUUGCACUCUCGUGCUCCCACUCAUUUUGAUCGUUGCGGCGAUGAAACUGUGGGAAAUGUACGUCAUUAGUGGAAGUGAUCCAACCUGUCAGAGUCCUCUUCCUCCGGGUACCAUGGGACUGCCCUUCAUUGGAGAGACGCUUCAGAUGGUCUUACAGAGAAGAACAUUUCUAAAAAUGAAACGUCAGAAAUAUGGAUAUAUUUAUAAGACGCAUCUCUUUGGGAGUCCAACCGUGAGGAUAAUGGGUUCAGAACAUGUGAAACAGAUUCUGAUGUCAGAACACAAAUUGGUCGCGGCUCAGUGGCCAGCAUCAGUGCGACUCAUCCUCGGGUCGCACGCCCUCUCCAAUGCGCACGGCGCGCUCCACAAGAGCAAGAAAAAGGCGAUCAUAAAAGCAUUUUCCCGGGAAGCCAUGGAACAGUAUAUUCCUGUGAUCCGGGAGGAGGUGAGAUGCGCCGUGGAUAACUGGCUGCAGAGCGACUCUUGCGUGCUAAUGUACCCAGAGAUGAAGCGCCUCAUGUUCCGCAUCGCAAUGAGGAUCCUGCUUGGCUUCGAGCCCGAGCAAACAAAGACCGACGAGCUGGAAUUAGUGGAAGUGUUCGAAGAAAUGAUAAAGAACCUUUUCUCCCUACCAAUCGAUGUUCCUUUCAGCGGCUUGUACCGGGGUCUGAGAGCGCGCAACAUCAUCCACUCAAAAAUAGAGCAAAACAUCAAAAAGAAGCUGUCCAAUAUUGAUAACAACAACAAUUAUAAGGAUGCGCUGCAAUUAUUGAUUGAGUACGGUGAGAGGAAGGAGGAGCGAGUAAGCAUGGAGGUAACAGAUGCCUUUCAUUUUCAUGGUCAUUUGAUUCUACACACUGCCAUUUACUCCAUGUAUGAACCAUUAUUUAUGUAUUUCCAACAGGAGAUAAAAGAAUCUGCCACAGAAUUACUAUUCGGUGGCCACGAGACGACCGCGAGCACUGCGACCUCUCUGGUGAUGUUUCUCGGGCUGCAUGCGAAUGUCGUGCGUAAAAUGCGCCAUGAGCUUCAGGAGAAGCAUUUGUUGGGAGCCCAAUCAGAGGACAAUCCGCUGAGUACUGAGUUGUUGGAGCAGUUGAAGUACAUCGGCUGUGUCAUUAAGGAAACGCUCCGGAUCAACCCUCCUGUCCCUGGUGGCUUCCGUGUAGUACUGAAGACUUUUGAGCUUAAUGGCUACCAGAUUCCCAAGGGAUGGAAAGUCAUCUACAGCAUCUGCGACACUCACGAUGUGCUGGACACACUUAUUAAUAAGGAGGAGUUCCAGCCAGAGAGGUUUAUGGACAAGUCACCAGAUGACUCCUCCCGGUUCGGUUACAUUCCCUUUGGGGGUGGUGCGAGGACAUGUGUGGGUAAAGAGUUUGCUAAAGUUUUACUUAAGGUGUUCCUGGUAGAGGUGGUCACCAGAUGCGACUGGACUUUGUUGAAUGGACCACCGACAAUGAAAACAGGCCCAACCGUUUAUCCAGUGGACAAUCUGCCCACAAAAUUCACCAAAUGUAUCCAGACCUACUGAUCGUGAAAUAUUGGCAUUUAUGUUUUGGCAUUUAUGUAAAUACACUUAAUAUUUAAGUUAGACAUAUUAUGUAUUUUUUAUAUUACAUAUCUUUUGUACGACAGAUAUUUAUGUCAACCCCAGUAGCAUUCUACAAGCAACAUUUUUAAAAGCACUUCAUGUUGCACACCAAUAGUUCUGAGGCAAAUCAUUUUAUGGAUAUUUUGAAAUACAAUUUUUUUAAAGCUGUACUUUAUCAUUUUCACGCAGCUUAAC